AUGCGCGCGCACGCGCGCCGCGUCGCGCGCGCCGCGCGCGCCGCGUCGUCGCGCGCUCACGUCGCGUCCACGUCCGCCUCAUCCGCGCCCGGCGCGACGACGAAGACGACGAUCGGCAUCGAGAUCGUCGGCACCCGUCGUCGCGGUCUCGGGAUCGCCGCGUCGUCGUCGUCGCGCGCCGCGUUCUCCGCCGCGCGCGGGUUCGCCGCGGCCGCGACCGGCGGCGGCGGCGGCGGCGGGCAAGGUCCGGUCGGGUGGAAGUCCCUCGCGGUCGCGUGCGUCACCGGCGGCGGCCUCCUGUACGUCUACGGCGAGCAGCGGAAUAAGCGACUGGCGGCGAUCAAGGAAGGGCCGAGCGCGGGGAAGGCGUCGAUCGGCGGGCACUUCACGCUCAAGUGCGCGAACGAGAACGGCAAGGCGUUCAGCACGACGAGCCUGAGAGGGAAGUUCGCGCUGCUGUACUUUGGGUUCACGAUGUGCCCGGACAUCUGCCCGGACGAGCUCGAGAAGAUGGCGGAGUGCGUCGACCACGUGGCCGCCGCGGGGAAGGAGAUCGUCCCGGUGUUCGUGUCGAUCGACCCGGAGCGCGACACGGUGAAGCGCGUGAAAGAGUACGUGAAGGAGUUUCACCCGAAGCUGAUCGGGUUGACCGGGAGCGUCGACGCGUGUAAGAACGCGGCGAAGAAGUAUCGCGUGUACUACCACAAGACAGGGGAGGAGGACGACGCGGAUUAUUUAGUCGACCACUCCAUCAUCAUGUACCUCGUCGACGACAACGGCGAUUUCGUGACGUUCUACGGGAAGAACUUCGAGGCGAAGGCGAUGGCGGACGCGAUAUUGGAGCAGAUGAAGCGGUUGGGGCGGUGACUUUUGUUGUUUAAUGUCGCGAGGUAGUCUGGUUGUCGCGCGAGGAGUACUUUAUUCACACGCGAAAACAUCCAUCUGAGAGUCUGGUAGACAGGUCGUCUCGUCACCGAAAGGGUUUGAUUUCUUAUUCGCGAAGGAAGGGGGCAAUGACCGGGGUGUACGUGAGAACGACGAGACUGAAGGUCUUGGGGAGGAGCCCGAUUUAGGCGGCGUGAUCGUGUACAGGUAGUUGUUUUUUGCCUUAGCGAGCAGAUUUCUAGGGCUGCACGUCACGGAGACUUGACACACACACCGAAAGC